AUGCGUCCUCUUGUUAAAAAGGCAAUUGUCCCUGUGUUAAUAUUUUACGUUUAUGGUCUGUUUAUCGCUUGGAUUUUCACUUUCAUCGAGAAAAGAGAUGAAGAAGUUCAAGAAAAAAUAGAAAAGGAACUCAAACAACUAAGACUUGAAGCAGACCUAAAAUAUAACAUGACAGACGACGAUUUUAAUAGUUUUGUAAAAAGAGCCGCUGAAGCGAUGAAGGGAGAAAUAGAACUGGACUGGACUUUCUUGAAUAGCUGUGGAUUCGUUUUCGCCGCUCUCACGACAGUUGGUAAGUCUUAAAAGAAAUAUUAGUGGUUUUCUUUUUACAUUUUAAAGAUUACCAAAUUCAUUAAAGAUAAGCUGGUCCUAUUCACACAAUAUGCAUACAUAAGACAUUAUAGACUCAUAGUAUGCUAACGCAGUGUAGAUAUCAUUCAUAUGUUGUGCAACGCGUAUGAGAUUAAAAAAAAAAAACUUGUCGAACCGGCCACGAUAUAAAUUAUCAGCUUAUGUACAAUAGGUCAGUUCGCGAAAUGAAUAUCACAUUCAAGCCUACUGGCAAACGUAUUCGUAACUUUUAGUAAUUUGGACCUACACCACAUCAGCGAACUAAUAUUCAAAUAGAGUCAUACCGUAAUUAAUAAUUUACCAUUGCUUUUAAUUUACCUCUUUGAGAUAACCAUCACCAUGCAUUUAUACAGAUCCAAACCCAGUAUAACGACAAAACUAUAAGGCUAGCCCGAUUGCGUAAAUUAGUUUUCAAAGCAAUAACCAUGUUAUCAUAAUUAUGGUUUUUCCCAAAAAGAAAAAAAAGAAAACAUAUAAAAUAAUAUAUAUUUGUGAUUACGUUCAACUCAUAUCAUGUAAGAUUGCACACAAUAUUAUGUUACUACCUUAAAAAGGUUCACCGUUGACGUUUACUUUUGCCCACUGAAUAGGGUAUGGAAGCAUCACUCCCAAGACACCACUCGGUCAAGGAAUCACGAUCAUCUUCUGUAUUAUUGGCAUUCCAAUAACAAUGCUGGCGAUGAAGACCUUGGGGGAACUCUUAGCCAUUGGAGUUAGAUUUCUUGUCAUCAAAAUGGAUACAGUCCUUCUUAAAAGAACCGAACCAAGGCACGUGAAAGUCAAAUCAUUUAUUCUGUCGUGUUUGCUUAUUAACCUCUUGGAAGUCCUAUUGGCAGCUCUUUCAAGCACUGUCAUUGAAAACUGGAGUUUCUUGGAGAGUCUUUAUGCUUGGUUUACAACUUUCACAACAAUUGGUUUUGGCGACUAUGUUCAUUUAGAAUCAUAUACGAGAAAAGCAGCUAAUGGAAAAAUGCCGAAAGCGUCCCUCGUACUCUAUGGCAUUUUCAUAUCCGUUCCAUAUGUUGGUGGUCUAAGUCGCGUUUCGUGUAUGUUAUCUUGCCUUGUUGACUCACUAGAUAAAAUAAGACACUUUUGUGACCGUUUUGUGAGUUGCUUCCCAAGUUUGGAUUCGCGAAUUUUACGAUUUUCUCCUUGUAAGCAAUCAAGAUACAGUAUAAAACAAGAGGAGAGUUGUGCGCGU